AAAAAAAAGCGGUGCAGGAUUUCGAGAACGAGGACAAAGAACUUCGAAGCGACAAAUUUUCGAUGAAUUUCGCGGCCGAUUUCCGCGCUGAUAAUCGUUGAAGCGACGUCUAUCGAGAUAUCAAGGCGGACACGUAUAAGAUAUAAGAAGAAGAGGGAACGGCAGUCAGUGUUGUGCUGGAUCUAGUUCUUGAUCGUGCGAGAAUCGAAUACAUUUACUAGACAGAGAUAUUCGAGGAACAAGGCGAAAUGCGUAUUUGGCUACUUUUCACUCUCUUCCUGCUCAUCGCGGUGUUAGCGUCCGAGACGUUCGCGAAGAAGCCUGGCAAGGAUGUGGAGUCAAGAGGCAACCACGAGAAAAAGAAGAGGGACGUAGCAUACUCGAAGGAAGAAAAAUACAAGGGAAAUGAGAAGAAGCUAUCAAGGAAGAGGAAGAGCGCCCCCGAAGAAGAGACCGUUGAAUCUGUCGCAGAAGAAGCGAAGGUCGAAGAAUCGGGAAAGUACAAAUCAAAAAAUAAGAAGUUGAAAGAUAAAGAGAACGUCGAUCCCAAAAGCAAAUCCCAAGAGGAGACACCGAAAGACAAGUCAAAGAAAAAGCAGUCCAAGUACUCGGUAAACACGCAGGACGUUCAUCAGAAGAAUUCCAAGAAGUCGAAGAAAUCGAAGCUCGAAGAAAGGAACCUAGAGAGCGACAAAUCGAAGCAGAAAUCUGACAGCAAGAAAGCUGAUAAAACUAACAAAGUAACGAAACAAGACAAGAAGAAGAAGCACGAGAAGAAGCAGGAAGCGGAGGAAGCGCCCGUCGAGGUAGAAGUCGAAGAACCGAAGAAGUUGUCGAAGAAGGAGAAGAAGGCCGAGAAGAAUAGAAAGAAGCGUGAAACGCAACCGGAAGAAGAGGCGGUCGAUGCUCAGGAAGAAGUCGAACCGGAAUUGGAAGGCGAAUCGGAAAAUUCGAAGGCCAAGAGCUGUGCUACACCGGAAGAGGCUGAGGACGCUGAAGAGGAAUCCCAGGAAGAGUGCAACGAAGCGUGAACGUAAAAGUUUGUGUUGCCAUUCGCGUGUCACAAGUUCGAUCGAACCUGGACGUUAAACUCGGUUGAUAUCUCUUGAGAGGAAGAUAAAGUGUCGCGUGUUAUUAUUAAAUCGCAUUUAUUUCAUUUUUAUCUACAUUAUAUCGAUAUCGUUCGCAGCCUAUUUACAAAUAUCGGGUGUACAGAUGAUAACGAAUAGACAGGGUGCAAAUAUCGUUCACGAGAUGUACAUACACAAGAAUAAAUACGUCUUUUUGUAAAUUA